UGUCAUUUUACGAGCCACUGACAAAGUGAACUAUUCGUAGUUGUCAAUAGGUGGAACGCUUUUGUAACACCGUGAAGAGAGAGAGGAAGGGGACAGAUUAGCCCCGUUUCGGCUUAAUUUGGAUCUGACGAAAUUUUCUUGAAGAAAAAUGAAAGAAUCAGUUGAAGUGAUUCAUUUGACGUUUAUACAUGGCCGACACGAGAUCUAUUACGUCGACCGAAGAUAAAGAUUCGGUGACGUCAAGCGGUGGAGUUUUUAGCCGAGUGUUCCAUCGUUUGAGUCUUCGGAGAAAAUCUUCACUAAGCCGCGGCGAUGGAAGGCGAUCGCUUCGUAUAUCCAGAAAGACCAAAUCCUUUGACAAUUCCUUUCUUAGACCUGAUGUUCAUAUUCGUGAUUAUCAGAACCGAUACUCGGACGUUGAGAGUAGGAAUAGUUUAGACGAAUCAAGCGAGGACUCUGUGGAUUAUUCUACAAACUUCAAGCAUGAAACAUUAUAUAGAGGUUUAUUACGGAAUUUACUACAUCCGUUGGGUACAACUGAUAAACGUGUGGGACUACGACCUGGUGACUUGAUAGAUCAUCUUAGGGAGGUAUUUGAAGUUGAUCAGUAUGACCACGAAAGGUAUCUGAGACAAGAAAUUCAUAAUAAGCCAAGACAGAUGAUGCUUGGAGUGAGGGUUAUAGAAGCUAAAUAUGUUGAUAUAGCUGAUAAAUAUAAAGAUUACAAGCCUUACUGUGUUCUACAAUUAUCGUCAAAUCCCAGAAGGUCGAGAAAUGCUCAGUUAUCAAAAGUUUCUUUUAAACCUUCACCGAAAGUCAGUCCGAAAGGCAGUCCGAAAGGAAGCCCGUUAUUAAAACGACUAGAAAUGCCAAUUACAAUCAUGAAAACUCAACUAGCUCAUUCUCUUGAACAACCGAACUGGAAUGAAGAAUUUCAGAUGAAAGUAACAGAACUGUUGUCAGAUGAAUUACAUAUUUUUGUUUUUCAACAAAAUUCUGGCAACGAGAAAAAAUCUGAAAAAAAGAAACAAUUUCGGGGGUUAUUCAAAAAAUUGUAUCUUGAGAAAAACUUAGAUGUGAAUAUCGGUUCUAUUGUUAUACCAGUAAGGGAUAUACCGGUACAGGGUGUAAACGCUUGGUUUGAUAUUUUUCCCGUGGAUGGUACUAAAACACAACCUCGUAUUGGACAGUGCCAUCUACAACUGUCAUUAUCUCAUGUUCAGGAUAGUCAGCAUAUGUCUUUGUUCUCAGCUGAAGAUUAUCAUCAAGCAUCAUUACAGUUUCAUCAACAUAGUAUUUAUGUAGCCGAGAAAGAAUUAAAGAAAGAAAUGUCUUUAUCCGAUAAAAGUCGAAGAUUGUUGGAUGUUUUUGCCAGUGCUAACAGAAUCUCACCAUUGUCUCAGUCCAUAAUGGAUUUAACAAUAUUAUUGGAACUGGCAUCCGGAAUUCAUCAUAGACUUAUUAAAGAUGCAACUUUACGUAAGGCAGUGGAGGCUGUAUUAAUCAUAUGGAUGGCUAAACAAGUCGGCAACAAAACAUUUACAGAAAGAAUGCCACUGAGCGAUGCAGAGAUAUGUGUGUUCAGAACAGCUACUAGAAAGUAUAUAACAAAUAUUAGUAACAGAGUUGAUGAAUUACCUUGUCUUUUUCCACCCACAGUAGAUAAUUUAACUAUACUCAAAUGCAAAUUAGGCAUAGUAGAAGAGUUACUAGGAUUAGAUUUGUGGGAUUCCAGUAGUACACCACAGGAAGAUUUAGCCGAAAGAAUUUUGCUAAAGCUAAGAAGUGAUUUAAGACAGUGGUUAAAAGUAGAAAUGGAAGAAGUGAGAAAUCAUAGUGUUAUGAAGGAUGAAGUUAUGACAGAAUGUACAAAAUGUGUUGAUAUCAUUAAUAAAUUAACAUCGCACUGUACACAACUAGGUGUAAUAAUUACUUUCUAUAAGGCUUUUAAUAUCAACUAUUACAGAGCAGUAAUAUUAAUAGCAGAAAAUACAAUAAUGAAAGAGGUUAGAUCUCAGAUGAUAGAGAUGGAUAGAUAUCAGACACGAUAUCAUUUUUACCCUGUAAAUAUCGCUCAAUCUAGUAAGCUAUCAUUACAGUUAUAUCUAGCUAUAAGAAGAUUUUAUGUAAUCGCCAGAGAAACACUUACUGACAGAGACUUGUUUAGAAUAUCAUAUAGUCAAUAUCAGUCCUGGUUUCAGACAACGCUGGUGUUUUGGUUACAGACAUUCAGAACACAAUGCAUAUCUCGUGUAGAAAAAGCUCUAGAAAUAGACAAAGAUGUUGUCUUGGUUACAUCGCUCGUCAAAUUUUCUAAUUCAUCAGUUGAUACCCUAUCCUGCUUUGCCAAGAUAACAGAAGAAUGGAGAGAGAUAGAUUAUCAGUUACCUGAUUUAGCUAUGAUGGGGGUUACAAAGAUAACAGAUUUAAUAUGUGAUGGUGCGAGAAUGUAUGCUGAUAAAAUACAUAAUAUUUUAGAGAGAAAUUGUUAUUAUGAUACACAUGAGGAACAAUUCGAUGUUCAUGAUAGACUGUGUAUUACAUUAAAUAACAUAGAACAUGUGAGACAAUAUCUAUAUGAACUACCCGAAUUGUUAAAUUGGCAGGCAACGUCGGAUUCUAUAUCAUCAAAAUAUGAAGACGAUUCUGUGGGACAACAGUCUUUAAAAACUUUAAAUAGACUAUUAACAACGACACAAUGUGACAUUUUAGUGAAAAGUAAAUUCCUAUUACAAGAAAUUGGCAAUAAAAUGAAAGUCAACAUACAACAAAAUAUGGAGAACUUGACUAAAGAACCCGAGAGAGUGUCGGCAAUAGAUGAAAUCUUAUGUUAUUUAUCCACUAAUUUAGAAACAUUAAAUACUCGACUAAUGUCCUCUAUAUAUCCUAUAAUGUUAGAGAAUCUCUUUGAUGUGGUGAUGACCAUAUUUAAUGAACAAUUACAAAUUGGGCGAAUGCCUGAUUAUUACCGACAUAUGAAAAUGCAUUUUAAUUCUGUGUCGUCGUUUUUUAUUGAGUGCGGCAUGGACUGUAGUAUGACAAAGAAGGGGAACUAUCAAUUAGUAAAAGAAAGAUUAGAAGAAAAUUCUAUGUCCACAGAAGAUCUGAUGCUGGUGUAUUAUGAAAACCUCGCCAAUGGUGUGAGAACACCAGAAGAAUAUUUGGGACAUUUAGCCGUGAAGGCAGGUUUUAUUGAAGAAACUGGAGGCAACGUUUCUAUAUAUGUUAAAGUGAUAAGAGGAGUUAAUCUACCAGGUUUAGAUUCGUCUGGUAAAAGUGACCCAUAUGUUAACAUCUGUAUCAAACCAAUAACGUUAUCCACCAAACACAAAACAAAACGCACACAAAUCGUAUAUAAAUCAUUGAACCCAACAUUUAAUGAAGAUUUCACUUUUAAUGCUGUUCCAGAAUGUUACAUGCAUACAAGAGGGGCUGUGAUAUUAUUCACGGUGUUCGACCAUGAUAGUUUUUCUGCUGAUGAUUUUGCAGGGGAAAUUGCCAUUCACAUGCCAGCCAUAAAAAAACUAGAAGAAAAUGAAAACACUGAUUCUCUACAGGCUAUGAUGCUACCAUUAAAGAGACCGAAACAACCCAGGCAUGGUCCAUUUCAGAUUUUAACUGAGAGACAAGCUAGUGAUAGAAUAGCUAAAAGGUUUAUUAGUGAAAGAUUAAAAUUUAUUUAUAACCAACCGAAACGAACUGAUGGUGCAUCCAAAUCUUCUCUGUGUGGUUUCUUUAACUUUUGACUCAGGAAAAGGGAAAUAACUCCAUUGCGAAAACUCGAGUGAUGCUUUUUUUUAAUAUCCGAGGAUGAUUCAUAUGGCUUCAACAAUUUCAGCCGUUCAGGUUUUUUCUUCUUUAAGACUGCUAUUUGACAUAUUGUUGACAAUGUGACGUGUCAAUCUUAUUAAAUUGUAUUGUGAAAUGUUAAAGUGCACCAAAACAAUGAACAGAAUGGUGUUUGAAAGGACUAUAACAUAUCACGAAUUAAAUUGUUCAUUAUAUUAUCGAGAAUACGAAGAGAUAAUUAAUAAACCUUUCCAAAAUAAUGUGCUUAGAUUUUAAUCAGACUUGCAAACAAAAUACAGUGCGCCGUUUGUAUUACAAUUUUGCAUAGAAAAACUAUAUGGAUAAAAUAUCAAUAAACAAUGUUUUGUUCGAGUCGGUGGAUCUGGAAAAAACUAUUGUGGGGUUGUACGUGUAUUUUGUAAUACUAAUAAGGAAAACAGUGAUACAAAAGUACAAAAAAAAUUUAUUAGCUCUAUGAACUUUGUGUGUUGGAUAGUGGUAUGAAAUCUGACAUGAGCUCGAAGAAUGAAUAUGUGAUCAAUCAAAUUAUUUAAGUAGAUAUACUAACUUGUAAAUAUGCAAUAAAUAAU